AUGGCGGAGGGUAUGAAUUUAAGCCCGUCGUUCAUCAUGCUCUGGGGCCACCUCGACUUGCGGGCAGCGCACCUGAAGGGCAGCACAAGCCCCCUCUCAGCCUCUCAAACGCGAACGGUGGCACUUGGCAGCCCCGGGCGUUGGGGGCACGGCAGCUUGGAGCACGCAGGCUGCCGGCUUGGCUCGGUUUCGCUGGCGAAGCCCGACGACCAGCGGGCUGUCCCCCGCCCGGGGAGAACUACAGCGCCCGUCGGCCCCUGCGCGCCGCCCCCACCUUUCCCGCCUCUCGCCGUUAUCGCCUGCCUCCUGUCAGCGGGCAGCCGGACUCGGCUCGCCCGAGAGGGGCUGCUGCUGCGGGGAAAGGGGGCGCUGAGGGUGGCGGCCGCCCUUGGGGGCGGUGGCGGGGGUGCAGCCGGGCCGCUCCCGCCGCGCCCCGGGCGGGCGGGCGGCGUCCCCAAUGGAGCUCUUGCUAUAAAGAAGAGGCAACAAGAUGUGGUGAGGUUUCUGGAAGCCAAUCGCAUAGAGUUUGAAGAAGUGGAUAUCACAAUGUCAGAGGAGAAGAGACAAUGGAUGUAUAAAAAUAUUCCUGAGGACAGGCAGCCUGCACAAGGCAAUCCACUGCCACCACAAAUAUUCAGUGAUGAUCGGUACUGUGGAGAUUACGAUGGCUUUUUUGAAUCAAAGGAGAGCAACACUGUCUUCUCCUUUCUUGGACUGAAACCUACUUUGGCAUCAAAGGAGUCAGAACCCUAGAAAGCCUAUCUGAAGUAUCGACAAGCACAUCUCCUGGAUGAAUGACCCUGUUCUUCAGCACACAACAGCUUCCCUAAUGGAUCACUGUGAUAGAGCAAACAUGCAUCAUUAGUAGUAGUCUGCUUGCCAUGGGACGGUGCUCUCCAAUAACGUGGAGUUAAUAACAUGUAUAUGAAACAGGAUUAAGGCUGGACUACUCAUCUUCCUUUUUAAAAAUACUCAUUGUUGAUGUUUCACUUUUGUCUUUGGAUUGCUUUUGCAACUGGCACUGAUAUUCUAACAGACACAUAUGUUUGAGAAUAAGGAGUGGAAGUGUAGGGCUUCUAUUGUUCAUGGAUAUACUUAUGUAGCCAGAUUUCUUACCUUUUUUAAUUCUUCCAACUACUGUAGUUGAAAUUAGCUCAUCAUGAUAGUUAAAGUGCUGGUGGUUAUUGGAAUGUUUGUGCUAGCUGUGAUCCAGAAGGUAAAAAUUGUCAGUCUUAAGAUCUCAGUCUAAGCCAGUAACUGCUGCAUUUUUGCUCUACAUUUAUUUAUU